CCGCAAAAGAAAAGCUACACCAUAUGUUCAUCGCUUUCCACAAUUAGGUGACACAGAGCCUGCAGCAUGAAAUCCACACUCCAUUCCUUCAAAACUGCCCUAGCAAAGCGUUUCGAACCCUUACUCAAAAUCCUCCCAGAACACGGAUGGCAGCGCACCGGAAUUUACAACAUACUGCUUGCCUGUACUUGCGCCCUGAUCUUAUCCAUAUCUCUUUUCCUCUCUGUAUCAUGGCAAGAGCAGCACUCGUUCUUUGGCACUAGUCCAAUACACCGCGGCCGAUGUAAGGACACAUCGAGACUAAGCAUCAUUCUCCAUUUGCUGUUGAACAUCAUCUCGACCGGCAUCGUGGCCUCGUCCAACUUUUUCAUGCAAAUCGUUACCUCGCCUUCUCGGCCAGAGAUUGACAGUGCUCAUGAAUACCUCCGAUCGGUCGACAUUGGACUUCAGUCUCUGAGGAAUGUGCGAUGGCUCUCGCGCUCCAAAAAGAUGUGCUGGCUCAUUCUCUUGCUAAGCUCAAUGCCCAUCCACCUCUUCUUCAACAGCGCAAUCUACGAGACCAAGUAUCAAGCUUCAUCUUUCAACCUAACCAUAGCAACGGAAAGCUUUGUAGAUGGGGCGGACUACUGGCUCCCAGGGGCGAGCUUGUCGCCAUCAGGAUCCUCCUCUCCAGUUCAGUCAACAGCCGAAGGCUUUGGCGACCCGAUACCUCUCGAGAUGUAUUGGACUGAGCUGCCAAAAUAUGUAGCCGAGACAGCUCGAGAUGGGGCGGGCUGGGACAGGUUGGAUCCUGAGGCAUGCAUGACCGAAUACAGAACCAGUCAACUGCGGACUACGUACAGCAAUCUUAUCAUCAUUGUCAACACUGGAGUACCCGAAGUUCAAGGAUGGCGGCGCACCGAUGUUUACAGCUUCAACAAAAGCAGCAACCUGUCAGCCCAAUGGGACGCCCAUGUCCCCCCAUCGAAGAUCAACUCCCUAUGGUCAUGGAAUGCGUGCCAUCUUGGGGCUGUACAGGUGAUCUGGCAAAUUCAAACCUGCGGCCGCAUUCUUGGGCUCGGGACAGUCGCUCCGGAUUGGAACAAUGUUCCAAAGGAUGUCGGGAUGAUUUCUUUCCAAGACGACGGAAUGAACGGGACCACCCAGCUGAAAGAGACAGCACUGGGGUAUAUACCCCGGUUAAGAAGGCUCCAAAUCAGCCACUGCCUGGCCAAGCCGAUAGAGAGCUGCCAGGUUCGACUGUCCAACGUCCUGCUUUUAGUUGUCAUCGUUUGUUUGCUCUUCAAAGUGGUCACAUGCGCCGUGUUGGUGCGACUCCUGGAAAGUACGCCGCUGGUUACUCCCGGAGAUGCCAUCGAAUCCUUCAUAUCCGCACCAGACCCUGUUACCCGAGGCUUGAGCACUCUGUCCUUUCGAGAUGCUCAAGCCCUCGACUUCUCUCAGAGACAGCACUUUGAAAAUCUGGACAGCGCCGUGGCCUUCACGCGACAGCCACGUCGCUGGCAGGCUGGCCCGACGAGGUUGAAGUCGGUUGUCUCAAAGGCAUUGUGGGUUCAAGUCUAUUACCCUGCAUUUGUUGCAUUGAGCGCCGUUUUUGCGGGCGUGAUAAUCGCCAACUUGAAUGCCCCGCCUACCGAGUUUGGUAACUCCACAAACAGCGUUAAUGUCUUUCAGGCUUUGGGAGACCAGCUUACUUAUCUGCAAGUAUUGUUGGUUACCAACAUCCCUCAGAUUGUGUUUUCUUUCUGUUAUCUUGCUGUCAACGCGCUCUUCACCCAGCUGCAAGUCGAGCAAGAAUGGAACUCGUACGCGCAGUCUUACAAGCCUCUUCGAGUUUCAUACCCAACAGGGGACCAGACCUCAACCUACAGACUCCAACUUCCCUACAGGUACAGCGUGCCGCUUAUGGCAGCAAGUAUAUUGAUGCACUGGCUAAUCUCUAAUUGUCUCUACAUAAUCAUUCUGGAGGGGGAUCAUGAUUUUCGUACAACUAUCGCCAGCCUCCAACCAUAUCUGGGCGUCUCCAAAGAUGCCGCUGUCGCAAUCGGAUUCUCCAGCCAGUCUAUAACCAUCACCUUCAUCUGUGGCUGCAUCAUCGCUCUUUCCCCCCUUCCUUUCCGAUACCAGAAGCUCAAGAGCCACAUGGUGCUGGGAGGAACGAACUCGCUGGUGAUUUCCGCAGCAUGCCACGUGCCGGUUCCGUCGCAGCGUUCCACCUCGGAGACGGCAAUGUUGCGAGAACACAAUCCUGAGGCGUACCUAAAAAAGGUAGCUCAGGGACAAGUUCGCUGGGGUGCGACGCCGCUACCUGCGGACCUUGCCCAGGAGGUGGAGGCAAUGGAGCUGGGGGAAGGCGAGGAACCCAUUAUGCAUCUGGGGUUUGCAGGACCGGACCACGUGGUGGAGGAGCCGAAGAAUGGAAAUCGUUACAUCUAA